AUGGCUGACAUGAUCAGUAGUAUUCCAGAUGAUAUCCUUUUAUACAUUUUAUCUUUUCUUCCCACAAAACAAGUUGUUGCAACCACCGUUCUCUCCAAACGCUGGAACCUUCUUUUUCGUUCGGUUCCCUCCUUCGAUUUCUCCUACCGUAUGGAUUAUGACAAAAACCACAGAGAGGACUGCUAUCACUUUUUUCACUCAGUGUUCUCUUUUCUGCUUUCGCGUGAUUCAAAUCGAUCCCUCCAUAAAUUUCGCCUCAGAUGUGGCUCUACCUUUCUUAUGAACACUGUAGGCAUCAAGACCUCGAUCUCGACAUGGAUUGAGGAAUGGAUCGAGUAUGCAGUGACUGGAAGAAAUAGGGUUCAACACCUCGAUCUCAAUCUGGAUCAGAAGAUUGUCAUGCCUUCGAUGGUGUUCAGAUGCAAAACUCUUGUGGUUCUCAAAUUGGGCUAUGUAACAGUGAAAGAUAUUUCCUGCGUCGAUUUGCCCUUGCUUAAAAUCUUGCAUUUGAAUACUGUGUUGUUUUCGGAAGAUGUAGGUCUUUCGCUGCUUCUUUCUGGGAGUCCUAAUGUUGAGGACUUGGAAGUCAAGAAUAUAAAUUUUGAUCCUUCUAAAGUAAAGUUCAACCGAUUGCCCAAAUUGGUCAGAGUCAGGACUCUUGGACAUUUGUUUCCAUUGGAAAUUGUUCAAAAUGUUGAAGAUUUGAUCAUAUAUCCGCUUUGUCCACUGAAACUCGGUUUUGAUUUGGAGAAUUUAGUUCAAUUAGAAAUAAAUUUUGUGUAUAGGAAAGAAUGGCUUGAGGUAUUGGAAGUGCUAAGGCAUUGUCCCAAGCUUCAAAAUCUUGUGCUCGUCCUUUUUAAGUCUUACCGAUUUGAGCAUUUUCAGAAAAAUGAUGAUGGAGCAGUUUUGCCAGGCCUACAACCGAUCCCACAGUGCAUUUCAAUGUACCUUAAAACCUGUGAUUUUGGAAUUUACGAGGGGUCUAUCGAUGAGAUUCAGUUUGUAAGAUAUAUUCUGCAGAAUGCAAAAUAUUUACGCACCAUGAAAAUUCAAAUCUGCCCUGAGACUAAUUUAACUGAUGACAAAAUACUUUAUAUGAUAAAAGAAUUAUCCUCAUGCAUGAAGAGCUCAAAUACCUGUACACUCUCAAUUAAAUAG